AUGGAGGUCCAGACUGGUAGAAGAUUCCACAACCUAACUCUGGAGCAAGUCCAGACUCUGGACCAGGUCUUGACGGAGGUUAUCCCCAUUCACGGUAGAGGCAACUUCCCCACUCUGGAGGUGAGACUUAAGGACAUCAUCCGUGUGGUGAAGGACCGGCUGGUGGAGAGACAGAUCAGGGUCAGGGACAUCCGCCUCAACGGCUCCACAGCCAGCCAUGUGAUGGUGAGGGACAACGGGAUUGGCUACCGGGACCUGGACAUCAUAUUUGGGGUGGAGCUUCCUCGACAUGAGGACUUCCAGGUGAUCAAAGAGGUUGUUCUGGGGAGCUUACGUGACCUUCUUCCCCGAGGGGUCAACCGACGCAAGAUCACCUGCCUCACCAUGAAGGAGGCCUACGUGCAGAAGAUGGUAAAGGUCUUCAACGACCACGACAGAUGGAGUCUUAUCUCGCUGUCCAACAACAGAGGCAAGACCAUGGGGCUCAGGUUUGUCAGCUCACUGCGACGACAGUUUGAGUUUAGCGUCGAUUCCUUCCAGAUCAUUCUGGAUCGUAUGCUAGAAUCAGGGGCAUGCUCAUCCCUUAGACUGCAGCCCACCAUCACAGUAGUGGUAGAAUGCAUGUUCGGGGACUUUGAGCAGGCCAUGGACCACCUUCGCUUCCGUCUCAUAGCCACCCACAGCCCGGAGGAGAUCCGUGGAGGCGGCCUGCUGAAGUACAGCGACCUGCUGGUGAGGAACUUCCGUCCGGCCAGCGAGACGGAGAUCAAGUCUCUGGAGCGCUACAUGUGCUCCCGCUUCUUCAUCGACUUCCCGGACGUCAGCGAGCAGCAGAGGAAGAUCGAGGCCUACCUGCGCUGCCAUUUCGUCGGCAACGAGGAGACGAGCAAGUACGACUUCCUGAUGACCCUGCGCCGGGUGAUCGACGAGAGCACGGUGUGCCUAAUGGGGCACGAGAGGAGACAGACCCUCAACAUGAUCACCGUCCUGGCUCUCAGAGUGCUGGGGGAGCAGAACGUCAUCCCCAACACGGCCAACGUCACCUGCUUCUACCAGCCUGCUCCGUACAUGGCAGACCCCAUUUUCAGCAGUUACUAUAUCCCCCAGGCCCAGCCUCCUCUCCUGUAUCACCCAUACCCGCUACACGUCCACAUGCAGACUGGCCUAGUCUAG